GGCUUGCCACCACAAGGCACUCCCAACUCCACGAGUAUACAUAUAUAGACCCUUAUGUUUGUUAUAGCUUACCUUGCUCUCUCUUCUCUCCUUUUUUAGCCAACCACUCCCUAAUCUAUCUCUUUCUUUCGCUCUAUAAAUAGUGUCUAGUUUCUUAUCGAUCAUAUCAAAAUCAUGAGUUCAAGAGAUUCUUGGCCUGAACCAAUAACAAGAGUUCAGGCAAUAUCAGAGAGUGGUUCUUCUGUUAUUCCAGAUAGAUAUGUCAAACCUCCAUCAGAAAGACCUAAUACCGGUACUAAGUUAUUAGGUCUGUCAAUAAAUACUGAUACUAGCAGUUACGUUGAUGCUUCUGAUCUCAAUAUCCCACUUAUUGAUUUUCAAGGGCUACUUGAUGAUGAUGAUGAGAAUAAUCAUCUAGUUCUACCAGAUACGAUCCUGGAUCAAGUAUGCAUGGCGAGUAAAAACUGGGGUUUUUUCCAAAUUGUCAAUCACGGGGUAAGUCCAGAGUUAAUGGAUCAAGUUCGAGACGUAUGGCGACAAUUCUUUCAUUUACCAUUUGAACAGAAACAAGUUUACGCCAACACACCGGCAACUUACGAGGGUUAUGGUAGUCGAUUGGGUGUCGAGAAAGGCGCCAUUCUUGAUUGGAAUGAUUACUUUUACUUGCACUAUCUUCCUCAAUCUUUGCAAGAUCCUAACAAAUGGCCUGCUCUACCUUUAUCUUGCAGGGAAGUGAUUGCUGAAUACUGCAAGCAGUUGGUGAAAUUAAGUAAGAAGAUAAUGAAGAUUUUAUCAGUUACCCUUGGGUUAGAAGAAGAUUAUCUUCAAAAUUCAUUUGAAGGUGGAGAAGAAUUUGGAGCUUGUAUGAGAAUAAAUUUCUAUCCAAAAUGUCCACAGCCUGAUCUUGCACUUGGUCUCUCUUCACAUUCUGAUCCUGGUGGUAUGACUCUUCUACUCCCGGAUGAUGACGUAGUCGGUCUUCAAGUUCGUAAAGAUGAUACUUGGAUUACCGUUAAAUCUGCUCCAAACUCAUUUAUCGUUAACAUCGGCGAUCAAAUUCAGGUGCUGACUAAUGCGAUAUACAAAAGCGUUGAACACCGGGUUACUGUGAAUUCAAUGAAUGAACGCUUAUCUCUUGCAUUCUUCUAUAACCCAAGAGGAGAUUUAGUCAUACAGCCAGCCAAAGAACUUGUAACACUGGAACGGCCAGCUCUUUAUUCGCCGAUGACGUUCAAUGAAUACAGGCGCUUCAUUCGAACGAUGGGUACUCGUGGAAAAUUGCAGCUGGAAUCUAUGAAAUCACCGCGUUAAUAUUAUUGUACUAAUAUUUGGAUUUAAAAGUAAAUCCAAAUAUAAAUAUAUGCGAUGAAAAUCCAAAUAUAAAUAUAUAAAUAUAUAAAUAUAUUUGGAUUUAUACAAAUAUAAAUAUAAAUAUAUUUGGAUUUAAAAGUAAAUCCAAAUAUAAAUAUAUGCGAUGAAAAUCGUAUAAAAAAUAAAGAAGAAGACAUCAAUUUGUCAUGUAAGUUUGCUAAAUCAAUUACUUGUGCGUUGGUUAAUCAUGAGUGGCAGUAUGAUGUAUAUAUAGUUUGAAUGUAUCAAACUUCAAAAAAGAAAAUGAAAAAGAAAAAAAAUGAAAAAAAAAGAAGAAGAUCAUUUUCG